CGCAAACACCGGACCAUUGCAGCUUCACAAUACUGGUAAUAUGCCAUGCUCACGGUACAGUUUGGCCAAUGUCCCCAACGACAAGUAAAACACCGUAAGCUGCUAGGUUAAGCAAGCUCCGGUCACGAUUGCGCGAGCUCUUCCUCGACCUGGUACCUUAAGCAGGUUUACAAAAAGAGCUGCUGCCUGCUGUUCUGCCGUUGCACAUCUCGCUGCCAUGCCCCGGUUCACCAUGGGAGACCACGACGUUAUGUCGUACGACGAGUACCUCCGUGGCAUCCGUGAAAGUUACGAGAGGAUUGGCGAGGAGCGCUUGGGAGGAGGACUUGGGGUGGGAGAGGGUGACGAUGAACUGCUUGGCGACGUUGUAACUGCGGAGAUGGGCGACGAGAUGGGCGACGAGAUGGACGACGAUGAGGAAGACGAUGAAGAACAUCCCGGAUCCGAGGCUGAAGAGCAGGAUCACGCAUUCAAUCCGGCAGCUUUGGGGCUGAAGGAAAUCAACAACCUUGCCCACUUCGGCGUCAGCAGCCACAGACCGGGGAAUGGCGUGGCCGAGUUGCUCAGCGAGGACCUCGAUAAGUACUGGCAAUCGGAUGGCCAACAGCCGCACCUUCUCACGAUUCACUUUCUCCGCCGCGUGGAGAUCCGCACAAUCCGCUUCUACGUCGACUACAACCAGGACGAGUCGUACACGCCCACCCACAUCGUCUUCUACGCCGGCACCGGCCACCACGACCUAAUUCAAUUCGCAGAGGUCCCUCUCACCAACCCUGUGGGGUGGCAGGACGUCCCCAUCGCCGACAGCGGCGGCGGCGCCGACGGCCACUCGCUGUGCUGCUGGAUGGUACAGAUGCACAUCAAAGAGAACCACCAGAACGGCAAGGACACUCACAUUCGCGGCAUCAAGAUCUACGCCCUGGACGACCAGUCGCUAGGCGGCAGCACUGCUGCAUGCGAGCCGGCGACCCACGCCCUGAGCACUGAUCUGGACGAGCAUCUCGGCAGUGUGCUGGCCGCGCAGGACCGGCAGGACGAGUCGUUUCAAGAGCUGCUGGAUGCCUUUGAGCGCCACCCUAUUUCCAUGUCCAAUUUUGGGGAUUCGAUGCGCGAGCCGGUGAUCCGGUAGACGGCCUUUUCUUGGUGCUGGUGUUGGGGACAUUAAGGGUGAGCCUGUCUCUUAGAGGGUAUGGCAUGAUAUCGGACUUGUGCAUUGCAUAGGCGUCUGGAGGACUUGGGCCGGUUUGUC